AUGGCUAAAUGUUUUGCCCUUAUUUUUCUCCUCUUUUCUGUAGCAGUAGCAGCAGAUGAUGAAAUAAUCAUUUCCAUCAGCCCAAAAGCAAACCCAGUCCAAAAACCAAUCGGUCACCAGAUCUCGUUGGUUUGCUCGGUUAAAGGAGCUGGAGAUGAAAAGCCAGGAAUGAUUUGGAAGAAGCAUGGAGGACUUGAUAGAACUGGAAACGUGGAGGUGAAAAAAUUGGAUGAGAAUAACCUAGGACUCAUUAUCAGAAACUCUAGCGUAGAAGACAGUGGAGUUUACUACUGUCAUGCUCAAGUUGGAAGUAAGAAGUAUAUGAACAAAAUGGAUGUUAUUGUCUUUGAGGACAUUGUAUUCAGUGACAAGCAGCUCCAUCUUGGUCAGGUUCUUGCCACGGCUUCAGUCAACAUCUCAUGCGAAGUGUCCGCCAAGAAAGACAGUGUUAUUACUUAUUGGACCCGUCACGGAAAACAAGUCUUGGAAGGCGGAAAACAUAAAUUCUACAAUGGCGGUGCCAUUCUCGAAAUUCAAAAUUAUCAGCCAGAACAAGACGCUGGGCAAUACACAUGCGAGGUCUUCCACGUCAGCAGCGGAUCUUCUAAUACCAAAACUGUGACUCUUGGAACGACUGUCGAGAAGAACUACGUUGCCUGCCACCAAAUGUGCAACAGCUUCUGCACAGAUGUUCAGAACAAAUUCUUUACUAGCAACUAA